AGUGGGCGUGGCGAGGAUAGUCACGUAGCUCCUUCCUCUACUCGUCUUCUACGUGAGGUCGACUUGGAGGGAAGUGAACGUUGCCAAGGGAGAAAAAAAUAAUAGGAGAGGAAAGCAGAAACAUCAACUACGCCCAAUAAGCUGCCUUAGGAGCAGUGAAGUGUCUUCAUGGCAGUUCGUCGAGGACACAUUAAGUACUUGAAAGCUGACUUGCAGGAGGUGUAUGACAUGUCGAACGGUUAUGAAGACCACAUGGGAGGGGACGAGGGGAAGGAUGCCAAGACCAACCUGAUAGUGAACUACCUGCCUCAGAGCAUGACGCAGGAUGAGCUGCGGAGCCUCUUCAGCAGCAUCGGAGAGGUGGAGUCUGCCAAGCUGAUUCGAGACAAAGUUGCAGGCCACAGUUUAGGGUACGGAUUUGUUAACUAUCUUAACCCUAGUGAUGCAGACAGAGCUAUCAGUACACUGAAUGGACUAAGGCUACAGUCCAAAACUAUCAAGGUUUCAUAUGCACGGCCCAGCUCUGAUACAAUAAAGGAUGCCAACCUGUAUAUCAGCGGCCUGCCAAAGUCCAUGACCCAGAAAGACGUGGAGGACAUGUUUUCACGUUACGGACGCAUCAUUAAUUCCCGGGUACUUGUUGAUCAGGGUACAGGUACGACAGGUGUGUCCCGUGGGGUGGCUUUCAUUCGCUUUGACAAGCGGGCGGAGGCGGAGGACGCCGUCAAGAACCUCAACGGCCAGAAGCCACCAGGGGCCUCUGAACCAAUCACAGUGAAAUUUGCUGCCAACCCAAACCAGGCAAAGAACACACAGCUCAUUUCUCAGCUCUACCACAACCAGUCCCGGCGCUUCGGAGGGCCCUUACACCACCAAGCACAGCGGUUUAGGUUUUCUCCCAUGGGUGUUGAUCACAUGGGCAGCAUGGGUGGCGUCAGUGUGCCCGGGAACUCCACCUCCGGCUGGUGCAUCUUCAUUUACAACCUGGGCCAGGACGCCGACGAGAGCAUCCUGUGGCAGAUGUUUGGCCCGUUCGGCGCAGUCACCAACGUCAAGGUGAUCCGAGACUUCAACACCAACAAGUGCAAGGGCUUCGGCUUCGUUACCAUGACAAACUACGAGGAGGCGGCCAUGGCCAUUGCCAGCCUCAACGGCUACCGGCUCGGAGACAAGAUACUGCAAGUGUCCUUUAAGACCAACAAGGGCCACAAAUAGAGAGAGGCUGGACAAUCAGGUGUAGAGGAGGAGGCGGGAGGGGAAAUGACCUGCGCCAGGCUUUUAUUUGAUUGAGCGAAAGUUUAAGUCUGGCACAUCACUUUGGGUUUUAGUGUAUUCAGAGUUAAAUGAGACGUUCGCUCUUCUGCACCUUUGUACUCGUCUAAAAGAGUGUCUAGCUGAUUUUUUUUUCUUUUUCUUUUGUUUUUUUCAUCUUUAUAGUCAUGCUUUGGGGCUUGUGGACACUCAGUAGUUUUAAUUUUUAGGGAGAGGAUUUACAGGGCAAAAUCCCAAGAUACCCCCAAGAUAACAUUUGAAAAUGACCUUAAAAAAAUAAAAUACUGUCCAUUUGUGUUGCAUGUACUGUGGGAACUAGAUAAAGAGGCAGGCAAACAGUGCACUGAAAAUACAGAGCGUGAGGAAAGCCCUGCAAAUUGUUCUCCACGUAUUGAAGUUUGAGUGAAUAAUUCAGUGUCUAAAGAAGGUGAAGAACAAUAUGUUGCCAGGAGCCAGUGGUUGUUUCAUUUUGGGAAAGCAGUGCUUUGUCCUGGAUCCUCAUCAUAAGUAGAAAUAGAUGCCUUAAACGAUCAUCCAGCGGACACACAAACCUACAAUGCCACUCACUGUCUUUUGAGUCAAUCUAAGAGCAAAGCACUUUUAACGAGUCUGUUUUAGGUUACUAUGAAUAUCAGUUUUUUGAUGUUAAUCUAUGACUUUUGCUCACCCUCCAACCAGUUGAACAGUUUUAAACAUGACAAGCUCUGGAGGGAAAGGUUUUUUUUGUUAUCCCUAUGUAAAGUGUCUUUUUAUUCUAUUCUGAGUUAUAUUUCAGGAGCGUCCUGUUGAAAAUGAUCCCCCCGUCAGUGAGUAGAGUAUUGAGAUGGACCAAAGACAGGGAGAGAUUUGAUCCUAUAACCCCAGAAGAGUUUUUUCUCCGCAGAUUUUCACAAGGUAAAUUCACAUCUUUUUAGAUUUUUUUGGUUUGUUUAUUUUAUUUUAUUUUAUUUUUUUGAACAGGUACUAAGGCUAUAUCUGACACUGACUGAGAGCAACAUCAUUCAGACUCAGUUUGCCGUUCUGUUUUGUUUUUUCUUUCAUUUUGAGUUAAUUUGAUUUCUUUUUGUUUGGAUUUUUUUUCUUUUUCUUUGUAGAGGCUUAGAUUUUUAUUUGUUACAAUGUAAGUUACAAACUUGUUUUAACGAAGUUCUUAUCUCAAGUUUGUAGAGAAAUUAAUGGCCUUUGUUAAUGAUUUCAGUUUAGAUUUGCUUUCUUUUGAUCCAUUUCUUUUGUUUUUGGUUGUUUCACUUUGAACAUAAACCAUUAAAUUUUAUUUUGUUUUGCUGAAAGUUUUGUUUCGUUUGUUUCUUUUUUUAUUUACCUUUUUUAGAUUUGGUUUGGAGUUUUGUUCUGUUAUUUUUCUAGUAGUAAAUCUGCGGCGCUGAUAUAAAGAUCCCUGGUCACGCAAAAACGGACUAUGGGUUACACAGUGUUUUAACAACCAAAACAGGCUAAAAAAUUUUUUUGACAGAUUAACAACAUAUGGACCAAUGUUAAUGGAUAUAAGGUUAUUUAAACUGUGCACAGACACUUGAAGGAAAGUUGUACAGCAGACAUUUUAUGAAGUAACAUUUCUGACAUGGCCAGAUAAUUAUAAACCACUGAAGAGUAACAUAAUUAGCAAAUUGAAGCUGUUUGUGGUCACUUUUGGUGCAGUUGUCUUUUAGGCAGUUGUGAGUUGAAUGUCAGGAUUAUUUAUUGUCACCUGACUUAGUAAAUCUGCUUUUUUGAUACCUAGCUGUUUGGGAUGGGCUGUGUUUGAUGACAUGAGAAAAACGUUUUAGGCUUUUAGAUCCAAACCCAUUGAGCUGAUAUUUGUCUGAUGGCUUUACUGUUAAUUAGUGAGGACUUAGCUUUGUUUACAUGCUCAGUCAAACACUUUUCAUAUCGUCCAUUCAGACAACGUUAUUGUCAUAUCACUGCUCAUCUUUUUCUAGUGAUGAAUUUGGUAGAUUGUUUUGUUCUCUACGGCGGUUGAAAUGUGGAGUAUUAGCAUCAGUACUGUAAUUGUUUACAAAAUUAUUUAAGCCAACCAUAAAUUGAACAGAGGAACCACUCGGAAGUAGCUAAUGAUUUUUGAGGACAGUACCUGCUCACACUUUUUUAGGAUUCACUUUUAAAACCCAAUUCCCUCCCCAGCAAUAAUUCACCUAACACUUCAUUAAAUGGGUAGUUAAUCUAUUUAAUCGAUCUCUGAAAGGAGUAUUUCCAUCACACAGCUUCAGAUUUUCCUCUUAAAAGUGCUUUUUGAUUUAGUAUUUCCAUGUUAUGUUUGUGUCACAAUCCUUAACUUUGUGCAAUACUUGGUGACUUGCUCAAAGCAGGUGAUAGACAUUUGUUGUAGUGUUGGACUGUCAUCGUUUUUUGAUAAUUUCUUUUUUCUACUGACAUGUUACUGCUUAGUUUUCUCAGCAGUUUAGUUGGAUUUGCAUGACAGAUGCAAGUGAAUUUGUUUUAGGGGCAGUCAGACAAAACUGCAUUCCGCCUUAAUUUAUAAAUGGAUAUGGUGUAUUUUACAUCAGAGGAGGCGCAAGUAUUUAUUUGACAUACUUUGUCAUACUUGUUACUUAUUGGAGUGUUUUUAAUGGAUUAUUGAUUUUUGUUUUGUUUAUUGAACGGACACUAAGUUGAAGUCCAUUAAAUGUCUUCUAACCUUGGAUCAUUUCAAUAAAAACAUGGUGCAAUAGCA